GUCCCUGUCCCCAGCCCCGGGGGGGUACAGGAGGGCCCUGUCCUUCCUGACCGAGGAUGACUCCGAUGGCAGCGUCUCCCCUGGGUUCCCUGAGGACAAUUCCGAGGCCAGACCCCUCAGCAGCACCCGCAGGUCCCUCCUGGAGGAGCAGGAGCUGGGGGGCCGCUGUGUCCCCCCGCUGUGGCAGGGCCGUGCCCCAGAGCCCCCGGCCCUCCCCCCAUGGCUCCAGGGGGACCCCAGGGGCUCUGCUGUCCCCCCCCAGCCCCUGGCCUCCAGCACACUGCUCUGGGACAGGGACGAGCUCCAGGAGGGACCCCCGAGCUGGCCGGGGGGGGGAAGGACGGGACCUCCCCCCUGGGCUCCCCCCCAGCCCAGUGUUGGGGACAUCCGUGUCCCCUGCCCCCAGUCUGGCCCCGGUGGGUCCCUGAGGGACCCUCAGUGCUGCAGCAGGACCUUGGGGGGACACAGAGCCCCCCUGCCCUGCCGUGGCCUGAGCAGCUGCUCCGGGAUGUCCCCGAGCCCUGGUGACAGUGACAUCCCUCAGCACCGCCCCAGUGUCCCCUGGGGAGGGGUGGGGGGUGCUGGCUCCAAAAUGGGGGGGGUGGUGCCCAAGGUGGGGGCUGGGGGGUGGGACCCCGGCGGCCCUGGGGACCCUGACAGCCCUGGGGACUCUGACAGCCUUGGGGACAGCAGCAGUGCCACCGAGUGCUUUGUCACUGCCCUGGGGACCCUGGAGCCCAGCGAGGCCGGGGGGGGCUGGGGGGCUCAGCCCUGCUGUUCCCCCCCACCCCGGGCAGCCGGGGGGCUGGGAGGGGGUGCAGCCCCCUCCCCAACGGGAGCUGCCCCCCGGGAGCUGCCCCCUGCCAGCCCCCCCCGCGCGGAGCGGGCUCAGGGUGGGGGUUUCUGGGGGGGCUCCGGGGCAGCCCCUCGCUCUGGGGGGGGCCCAGGCGCGGGUGAUGUGGGGGAGCUGCUUGCCCGGCUCCAGGGCUGCAGCCUCCGGGGGUCCCCGCCCUGCACCCCGCGGUCCCCUCGCAGCCCGGCCGGUGUCACCGCUGGGGAUGUCACCCCCCGGGGCCAGGAGCCCCCCGGGCACCGCCACAUCACCCCCAGGACCAGGAGCCGCCUACGGGCGGUGGCAGAGCGGCUCAACUCCUCCUCCUCCUCCUCUUCCUCCUCCCUCUUCAACGGGACGCUGCCGAUGCCCCGGAGACCCCCCAGGAUCAGAUCCCCCCGGGGGGUCCCCAGGGACCCUGCCACCCCCCCGGGACACUGUGUCACCCCGCGGGACGAGGAUGUGUCCGGGGAGGACGGAGAGGGGACAGACUCUUUGGAAGACACCCAGAUCCUGCCCGGAGCCCCCAGUUCACCCCCGGGGGGGGUCAGCAGCUCCCCCGGCUCCAGCCCCACGGUCCUGCUGUGCCCUGGGCCCCCCCCGAAUCCCCCAUCAGGCCCUCGGGGCUCCCCCCACCCCGGGGUGCUGGAGGGUGGCUCUGGGUGGCAGCGCCACUCGCCCUCGGGGACGCCCCAGUUCCAGUGGCCCCACGGGAGCUCCAGGCGCCUUCUGGCCCCACAAGCAUCCAGCAGUGCCGGGGGGGAUCUGGGCACCCCAUCCGUGCCACUGUCACCCCCCGGCUGUGGCCCCCACUGCUCCGGGGGGCGUCGAGAGGACGAGGGGCAGGGACUGUCACCCCCCGAGUGUCACAGUCCCGGCACAGGGGCCACCCCCAGCCCCGAGGACGCCCCGGGCCGGGAUGGCCGAGUGUCCCCGGUGUCCCCGGGGCCCCUCUCAGACCAAAGUCUGCGGCGGCGGCUGCGGGAGCUGGGGGAGGACCCGGGACCCGUCACCGACCUCACCCGGGGGCUCUACCGGCGGCGGCUGCGGGAGCUGGGCACGGGGCACGGCGGGGAGCCGGGGGGGCACAGCCCGGAGCUGGUGGCUGCACUGAGGACCGGCCACAUCCCCGACUGUGCCCAGGACGAGCUGGCGCUGGCGCGGCAGUUCGAGCGUCCCGACCGCGGCCGGCGCUGGCGGGAAGGGCUGCUCAAGUCCAGCUUCAACUACCUCCUCCUCGACCCCAGGACCACCAGGGACCUGCCCCUGCGCUGCCCCCACCUGAGCCCCGCCCAGCGCUUCCAGACCUUCGUCAGCGCCGUGUUCUACGUGGGCAAGGGCACCCGGGCCAGGCCCUACUGCCACCUGGCCGAGGCCCUGGGCCAGCACCGGGCGGGGACACGGCGGGGCUGCCCCAAGGUGCGGCGCAUCCUGGAGAUCUGGGAGAGCGGGCACGGCGUCGUCUCCGUGCUCUGCUUCCAGAACAGGGUCCCGGCAGAGGCCUACACCAGGGAGGGCUGCAUGGUGGAGGCACUGGGCCUGCAGACCCUCACCAACCAGCGCAAGGGGCACUGUUACGGGGUGGCCGCGGGCUGGGCGCCCGAGCGGCGCCGGCGCCUGGGGGUGCACAUGUUGUCCCGGGCCAUGAGCAUCUUCCUGGCCGAGGGCGAGCGGCAGCUCCGGCCCGGGGACAUCCCGGGGAGGUGACAGUGCUCGGGGGGGGGGGGGGAGGGAGGAGGGGGGCAGCUUUUAUGUCGUGACCGCUGCGAAGAUUUGUUUCUGUUUUUCUAUUUCCCCGGCCGGGUGAUCAAUAAAUCGCUGCGGGGCUGGGUUUGCCUGAAGAAUUCCCAGGUGUGGGAGAUUCCUGGCUUCGCAUCCCUGCUCCGCCGUGCACGGGGACAAGGAGAAGGACCCCCCGCCCCGUCCCCAGCAGGCAGUCGGACACGGCUGGGCUGUAGCACGGCUUUACUGGGUGGAAUGGCACUAACGCGGCGGCGGCGGCGGGUUCCGUGUGCGUUUGCCUCGGCUUUAGCACAAGCGAUGUGGGGACAGAGCCCGUGGGGGGCAGAGCUGGCAGAGCUGCGACCCCCGGCUGGCCGGGGAGGGGGGGCACGGCGGGGGCAGAGCCGUGUCUGGGGGGACGUUUGGUGGCGUUUCUGGGCACCCUCUGCAGCCCCGGGGUGUGCUGGGGGGUCUCUCCCUGGGCAGGAUGGGGUGGGAGGGGGCAGAGGGAGAUGAUCUGAACCCAGGGGGCUUAAAAUUCUCAUUAUGAGACAGCAGUGGGAAGGGCAGGCACUGGCAGAGGGGGUGCAGGGGACACCUCACUGGGGGUCUGGUGGAGCCUUCCUCUUCCACAUCCCUCAUUUUGGGGACAAGGGUGGGCUCAGCCCCGGGGAAGGUGCUUUGCAGGGUGAUCCCAGCUCUGGUGGGAGCAGCCCUGCCCAGGAGGACCCCCCGGAGCCCCCCGGGGGUGCCUCGGUGCGGUGCCAGCCCCGUUCAGGGCACGGGGGCCGGGUGGGAUGGGGGCUGAGGUCGAGGUUUCCGUGGGACUCGUCGUUUCUUUGGUUUAGAUGGGGGGAGUGAGGGGCAAACAAAGCAGGAGUGGGGCGGGCGAGGCUGGGCCUGCCCUCGGGAACAGCAUCCUCCCGGUUUUCCAGGAGCCCUGGGAAGCUGAGAUGGCACUUCCCGGGUAUCUCCUCCGCCCUGCCCAGCUCCCGGCAGCGGGAUGGGAAGCACAGGGGUGGGAGGUGAUGGGUUAUGGACAGAACAGUGUCAGUGAUGGUGUCUGUUGGGAUCAGGUGGUCCUGGUUUCCUUCCUCGCUCCCGUGUUGCUCCAAGACCCUGCGGAUCCAUCUGGGAGCCGUCGGGAGGGACGGACACAGCGGCCACGGGACGGGGUAUUGCUGCUCCCCCAGCGCUCGGGGGACAGGGGGGAUCCCAGGGGGAGUUUGUGGUGGGUCCCGGAGCCGAGGAGGAGCUGGGGAGGCUCGGGCUGGGGGUGGGGGUGGCUCCGGGGGGGCCGCGGCAGCGGGAGGGGGAGCGGGGGCUCUGCGGAAGCGCUGCGGGACCUGAAGCGAUGGAGGGGGGACCGCGGGGGGGGACGUGGGAGAGCUCAGGCUCGGCCCUGCCACAGCCAGGCCAGUCCCACCGCGGUCCUGGCCGUGCCCACGGAGGCAGGACACCUCCUCAUCCUCCGUGCAGGAGCUGCUGCCGUCCACGAGGAGCCCCUCGAAGCCGGGACGUGGCUGUCCCAUCCUCCCGGGUGGCUCGAGAGGCAAAUCCCGCUGCUGAGGCCGAAGAGCCUUUGGCUUCCCCUUUAAAGCAACCCCAGCUCAGGUCCUCCGGCCCUCCUGGAGCCCCUGCGAGUCCUCCCCGUUGUGCCGCGGGUGGGGCCAGUCCCCGGAGGUGUCGCUGCGUGAGGAAAAUAACACUACAAAGGAACAGGAUGAAGACGCUCCGGCGCCGUCCCCGCGGGGUUGGGGACCAGGUCUGCCGUGUUCCCGCUGCCGGCCCUGCACUCCCUGCCCUGGGGGAGCCUCCCUGCUCCCCCUCCAACCUCCGGCCCGGCCGGGAAACCAAACGGGCUGCGCUCCCGACGAGGGCAGCCCCCGGAGCCCCUCCGCUCUCACAAACCCCUCUGCGCUCCGAAACAUCUCUCCCAUGGGAGCAGCCCGCUCUCCGUGUCCCGCUGCCUUAUUUCUUCUCCCCGUGCCCGUCCCCAGCUGGCGUCUCGGGCUCCCACAGGACGAACUCGUGGAGCAGCGUGUUCACCGUCUCGGGGCACUCCAUCAUCACCAUGUGGCUGCCCUCGUCGAUCACCUUCAGGAAGGCGAUCAGCAGGAUCUGCGGGAGGGGGGUGGUGGCACAGGGUCAGUGCUGGGAGGAGUCCCCUGGGCGAUCCGCCCCCGGCCCCACUCACAGCAUCGACAUGAAAAGACCUCUGAGGCGGAGCACAGCCUCUCCCCCCGCCCCGUACCUCGGCCAUCCUCUGGUCCUCCUCCACCGGGACGAACUUGUCGUGCAUGCCGUGGACCAGGAGCACGGGCACGGCCAGCUCGGCGUGGUACACCUCGUCCCCCUCGGGCCAGUACUGCCCGCUCAUCAUGGCCCGCAGCACGAAGGACGAGACGUUGAAGGCGUUGCCCUCCUUCAGCAGCUGCUUCUCUUUGGCACCUUGGCGGGCAAAG